AAAGCAUGCGGAACAACAAUUCCUUAUUUUUACAAAGCCUAUAUGCGCCAUGAAUCAGUAAUGAAAUCAUUUUCCCAUCUGCUUAAAGGGUUCCGCCGUGAAUAUUCGAUUGAACUUCAACCUCAAUUUUCAGAAAGAAGAAUCGAAUCCAUUAUGAACGUAUCGUUAAAUUUGACUAAAAUCAAAAUGAUUCUAGAAAGGUUGAUCAACAUAAAGAAUUGGGACAGCAACGGUGAAGAUGGUCAAGUCAAAACUUACUACCAGAAUUCUGUUGAAACUAUAGAUGCAUUUGCUAAAGAUGAACUCCAGCCGUACUCUAAAAGAGUUUUCACUCCUUCAGGAAAAGUCCUCACUGAAAUUUGUGAUGGAAUCCCACCAUUGUUGACAUAUGGGUGGCUGAAUAGAAAAGUUGUGUCGGUAUUCGAUGCUUUCAAUCUUGUUUCUAACGAGGAUGAUCUUAUAAUUAUUUUCAAUGAUUAUGUGGUUUUUGCCAAAAUUGAUAAAGAUGAAGUGACAAAACAAACAUCCGAUUCAAUUACACCACAUGUGUCAGAUAUUCUGAUGAACUCGUUGAUGAAUGAGAGACCCUUGAAAAACAUUCCAAAUUUGAAGAUUAUCGGCUGGUCAAGUAUUGGAAAUUUUGAAGUGGAAACAU